GGGAGCUGAGUCACAGUGUCUCCUCUCUGCAGAGACUCUGGAUAACUCGCAGACAUGCUCCUCCGUCCUCUUCUCUGUGGAUUUUUACUUUUAUGUGGAUGAAAUGAGGCCAAAUGUGAUAUUUGUGAUGUUCAUCCUGCAGCUGCAGCUCUCUGCUGCUGAUCUGUGCAACUGGACCGGAAGCCGGUUCGCAGCAGCUCUGGACUCCCGGAUCGUGCUCCAGGUGCGGCUGCGCUGCACGGAGGGUUCUGUGAGGUGGAUCUACCCGGGCCAGGCUCUCCGGGUGGUCCUGGAGCCCAACCUGUCCUCGGCCCGGCGCACCACCGUCUGCCUCAAACCCUCUCCGUCCUUCCGCGGAGCCAGCGUGUUCAUCGAGCGGGCCGGCCGGCUGGAGCCGCUGCUGACGGAGGGCGGGGGGCCCGGAGGGCCCGGCCAGCAGGUCUUCUGUUUCCGGGCUGAUGGUCCACACAGACCCGCCAUCUACCUCCAGUCCAGCCCGCAGAGUGACGGAGCCUGGAGCAGACGCACCAUGGGCUUCAGAUACCAGCUGGUGGGCAACAUGAGCGCACCUACCGGGGGCCACAGCGGGCUGCAGGCGACGUGUCGACCCUGCAAUGAUACAGAACUCCUCAUGGCCGUUUGCAACAGUGAUUUCGUGGUCCGAGGCUCCAUCAAGAACGUCUCCAGCGACUCUGAGCGUCAGACGUCUGUGGUGGAGGUCUCUGCAGCGAGGGUCUACUGGCAGCGUGGUGGAGUGUUUGAGCAGCAGGCGUCUCUCUCCGGGUCUCCUCGGUCCUGGCGUGGUCACAUCCACACGCUGCUGCGCUGCCACGUGAAGCCUGGAGACGGAGAGUUCCUUUUCACGGGGUCACAACACUUCGGGGAGGCCUGGUUAGGCUGUGCCCCCCGGUACAAAGACUUCCUGUCCGUCUACCAGGCUGCCUGGGCAGCACGGCGCAAUGCCUGUGACUUCCCUUUAGACUGAGGAAGUGUGUUGUUUCUGCUCUAUGUUGAGCCCUGCAGCUCUCGAUCCACAGGAACCCUCAACCAUGGCCCUGGGGGAUCUCUGGGAUGUUGUUAAGGUGGCAUCCAGCAAAUUAAAUAGCUGGUAAAAGACACAUUUGGAGGAGCAGAGCAGGGCAAACAGCAGGGCCUCCUGCAUGGAGGCUCAGAGAGGGCUGGUCUUUGUCCCCCUCCCAUCUCUGCCCUCCGUCCUGGGAGCCUGAGGAGGUUGGGUUGCUGCUUUCUCUUUGUGUUUCUCUCCACAUCAACCGUUGUUCACUUUGCUGCCUCUGUGUGACAAUUGCCCCUUGAACUGAGCCUGGAGGGAACACGAAAUAAAGCACAGCCAUUCUUAGUCGGCAGUUUGUCCUUUAUAGCCAAUAGGCUGCAGAAAAGGUGUGUUUAAAAACCAGAUAAAAACAGUAAAUCUGAGGGAAAUUAUCUUGCUGCAUGGACAGAUAAUUUACCUUGACAAGAUUUGUUGAAUUAAGAUUGUUAAAUCUAGAAAUAAGCAUGUUGAACACUUAAAAUAAGAAAUUAACUCUUAAAACCAGAUAAAUUAAAGCUGCAAGCAGCGAUGAACUGGCCCGAGCAGAGUGACCUGACGAUUAUUUGUUUCUUACCAAGAUUUUUUUGGUCAUUUUAUGUCUUUUUUGUGUCUUUCUUUUAGUCUUUUUGUGUCUUUUUUGGUCUUUUUGUGUCUUUGUGUGUCUUUUUUGUGUAUUUUUUGGUCUUUUGUGUCUUUUUUGGUCUUUUUGUGUCUUUUUUGUUGAUUAUUUAAAAUCUUUUUGUGUCUUUUUUGUGAUUUUAUGUCUUUUGUUUCUCUUUUUUUGGGUCAUUGUAUGUCUUUUUGUGUCUUUUUUCAGUGUUUUUUGGUGUU